UAGCAUGUCAACGCGCGGGGAAUGCAUGCGAUUGUAUGCGUUUGAAUUUACAACAAACCAAAUUAGUACUGCAUCAUAAGUUUGACAUAUAAAACAUCUGAAUAGUUGUUGAAGAAUUUGAAGUCUCAUAAAAGUUGAAUUUGAUUCGAAAUAUCGGUAAAAUCCAGAAGAAACACCCAUAAAUUUCAAUGUCUACACCACUGAAAUUGCCAGGAACGGGUUUGGAAGAUGUCCGUAUCCCUGGACAAACAUUUUUGAGAGAUGCACUCACUUCGUGCACUGAUCCACUAAAAGCUAUAGAAACUUUCCAGGUUGAAAAUGGCAUACUUUUGCCAUCACUACGGCCCAUGUUGCCGCUUCUGGAUUUGCAUGGCGUCCGGCGCCUGGAUUUUCACACCUCGGUGUUGGAGGAAUUGCGUGAAAAGUUGGUUGCUCGCAUCAAUGAACUAGGCGGUAAAGAGGGACGUGAACGCGACAAGAAGCUUAAAGAGCUGUUGACAAAAAGUUUUCCGGUUGUUCGAGUAAAAUCUUUAAGACCGGUAGUGAUGGGAAUUUUACGUAAUACAGCGCAAAUUGAUGACAAAUAUUUGCGAAUUUUAGUUAGAGAUAAAGAACUCUAUAUGGAUACCGAUACUGAAGUAAAGCGUCAGAUAUGGCGCGACAACCAGAGUUUGUUUGGCGAUGAAGUUUCUCCCCUUUUAUCGCAAUAUAUACGAGAGAAAGAACACAUUCUGUUUGACCACACAAAUCUGACAAAUUUAUUUUUCUUGCCUUCACCAAAAGUAAGGCGCCAGGGUGAAGUUGUGCAGAAGCUAGCUAAUAUGAUCGGCACAAGUGUAAAAUUGUAUGAUAUGGUCUUGCAGUUUUUGCGCACUCUGUUUUUACGUACCAGAAAUGUACACUAUUGCACAUUACGGGCGGAACUGCUAAUGGCACUCCAUGACUUGGAAGUCCAGGAAAUUAUUUCGGUUGAUCCAUGUCAUAAGUUCACUUGGUGUUUAGAUGCUUGUAUAAGAGAGAAGAACGUUGAUAUUAAAAGAUCACGAGAGCUUCAAGGAUUUCUUGACAAUAUCAAACGAGGACAGGAACAAGUUCUGGGAGAUUUAUCAAUGACUUUGUGUGACCCAUAUGCCAUCAACUUUUUGGCCACCUCAGCUAUCAAAAUUCUUCAGCAUUUAAUCAAUAAUGAUGGUUUACCUCGUGAUAAUACCAUCCUAAUUCUGUUGCUUCGUAUGCUGGCACUUGGAUUGAGCGCUUGGGUGAUGAUUGAUUCACAAGACUUCAAAGAACCAAAGCUUGAAAAUCAAAUUAUUAUCAAGUAUUUGCCGGCAUUGAUGUCUCUCAUGGUUGAUGAUCAAGUGCGUCAUCUACAUUCCCGAUUGCCACCCGAUGAACGUGAAAGUGCUAUUACAAUUAUUGAGCAUUCAGGUCCCGCUCCCGAUUCAGUAGAAUCAUUUAUUCAAGAGAGUAGUGUUGCUUCAAUCAUCGCCAUGUAUUACACCUUGCAUACUGCCCGACAAAAGGAUCGUGUAGGAAUCUUGCGUAUCUUGGCUGUUUUAGCAUCAUGCAAGAAUGAUCGAGCCUACGAAGAUCCAUUUUUGCAUUCCCUGAUUGCGCUACUUAUUCCGAUGGCAGAAGAAUUUGUACACGAGGAAUUCUGCACUGGACUCUUUGAUGAGUUCUUAUUUGCUGGUCUAACUCGAGAUAACGUUACCAGGCACAUGUUGAAACUUUUAUGGUAUAUACAUCCAAAGCUCCCACCUGGUCGCCUGACUACAUUGAUGAAAGCUCUUCAACCAACGGCGCAGCACAAUGAAUUGUAUAAUAGUUUAUACAAUAGUUUACAAGAACGAAUUGGAGUUGCAAUCCAAGAAUCAGCCGCUCAAGAGAUAACAGAUGUGGAUUUUGAUUCACCCUUAAAAAGCGUCCCAACGCCUGGACCACAUUACAUGCAAUAAAACCAUUUAAAUUUUAAAGCAAAAAAAAAUUCGAAAUGACCACAAAAUAAUCUGACUACCCAAGAAACGCAAUUUAGUCAUUUUUAACGUUAAAAGAUAUAACGUUUUAAGUCUUUUUUUCCGUCAAAAUCGACUGAAAUUCCAGUGUAAACCAACUGUAUGAAUAUUCGGAACGCUACCCAGUAUCUUUCAAAUUCAAACAUUUGAAAUGACAACCGUUCCAACUACUACUCUGUGCCGAACAAACUGAAUAAACAAACAUCUUACAAGAA